AAGGGAGAUAAGACAAAGCGCGACAUCAUCAUCGACGUUAUUGGAAAGGUAUUCGUUGUUGUCUAUCUCAGGCAAUUCCAAGCCGUGGGCGACUCCAGGACGAGGCCCAACCAAGCCGGAUUCCGCGCUAGGUGUGGACGAGCGGACCAGCUAUUUAUUCUGGGACGCAUUCUGGAAUCCCAUCCUGGCAACCAACAACUGACGGCCGUCUGCUUUGCUGGCAUCACCGCUGCGUUCGAUUUCGUCUAUCGGGAGUCAGUAGCUAUUAAUAGAACUGGGUUGGGCGCGGGCCGAAAUUAUCACCAUGAUCAAGGCCUACUAUCGCUCCACCACUACGCAAAUUCUUGUCCACAACAACCUCUCCAAACAUGUCAAUGUAAUAAUCGAGAAUUCUGCAUUCUGCCGCCCAUUCUGUUCAACUACGCUGCUAAGUGGAUUCUCGGAGGAGCCCUAGACGAUUUCGAUUAUGUGAAUUUUACAACCGGACGCCAGCUGGCUGGCUUAGACUACGCUGACGAUAUCGCCUUUGGUUUAGAUUCUGUAGUGUCACGAAUGAAUAAAAUGGUUACUUCGCUCAGUUUAUCUACAAACGCUGGGAAUUGUUGUCAAGCUGCAUCUCUGACCAGAAAGGGGCACCUCGUGGAUUGA